GGCAGCUAAUUUAAAAGCCACGUCCAAACCAAGCAAAUGAACAUGGAUACUGUUCAGAAGCUGAGUUGCUGGCUCCUUUUUGCCAGCAGCUUGAGGCAAGGUGACCUAUCAGGUACACACACACACACACACACACACCUGCAAUUUUAUACCUGACCUGGCCAGGCUGUCUGCAGGCUGUAAUAAGCAGCAGAGUGGAACCCUAACUGUGUUUUCUCCACCCUCACCUUCAAGCCCUGACACAGAACAACAUUAAAUCUCUUCUCACUGGUAGCACAACAGGUGCUCCAGUUACCAGUUUACACAUAUAAGAGCUUCAGUAGCCAGCAGUGGUUUCAGCGAUGGUCGAGGGGAAACCGUAUCGGUACGGGCUGAUAGUAGCAGGGCUGUGCAUGACCGCAGUCGGCCUGUUCAUCAUGACUCAGGAGCGACCGCACAUCUAUGGCACAAUGUGCGGUCUGGGCGUCAUCAUGGUGUGUCUCGGGACUGUGUGGAGCCUCUGCCAGUGCUAUCCCAAGGUUAUUUUGGCUCCUGGGAUUCAGGAAGAAAGCCUAGAAGAUCUAGAGUUUACUGCAGCUGCAGCAAAACAUGAGAGGCAUGCUGAGGCUCUGCCAGGUUUCUGUGGCCAAAAGUCAAGUAACAGCAGACUUCUCCCCGAGGCCCUUAAGAGCCAGUGUCACAGCUGUCCCACACUGCAGCUGGUCUGAGGCAGGGACACCAUCAUCAUGACACUCAGGACAGUGAUAAGAUCUCAUGAUGCUGUUUGAGUGUGUUUAUGUGUUUUUUUACAGCUAAUGUAAGUGUCUGUUUCUAUAUUAACAGUUUUGCAUCACUUUGUGUCAGUGUGAUGUGGUUAAUAAAGUCGAAUGUGUGUUGCAUGGUAGUUCCAGAAGAUGGCACUAUUUACUAUAUGAAAGGGAAAGGGAAUUUGUAUGUAAACCUGAGAGACAGUGAGAGACACACAUGUAUUUGUUAAAUAAGAGGACACUGCACUGACCUACAUUAACACCACUAAGACAAUUUUUUUGUAUAAAAAAAGACACUGUACUUCAGCAACUUAGUGUUGCACUUCCAUAGAGACUCGCAAGAGGCACAUUUAAAAAUGAACCAUAAAAAUGGGUGCAGUCGAUCUCUUGACUUUUAUUCUCUCCAGUAUGGCGUAUGAGUCAAGCUCUGAAAAUAGUGGAUCUUCCCAUAAUGCAAUUCUAUGCUAGUGUCUUAAUUUACAGGUCCAUGUCUUUCAAACUUAAAGGAGCUUUCUUGUAAACAGACCAAAGUUACAUUCACAUUCAGUGUUUGUCAUCAAAAUGCAUUGCGUGUAUCCUUGAGGCCUAACAAAACAUGCUGAAUGCAUUUUGUUCCUCAUAAAAUAUUUGGAAAUAUCCGUUGCUACAUUUGUUGUUGAUCAGCAGAAUAGCGUGAAACUGGUGGCAGGAAUAUGGAACGUGUUUCUUAUGUGCAUCCUCAUGCUCGUGCACCAUAUGAACAAAUCAGGGACCCACUUGUAAAAAAAACAUGGCUCUGCAGCACUACUAGUGGUCAAAAACUCCACAAGGCACCUUUAAUGGCACCAGUUUUUAACAGUUUUAAGCUUUCUGUUAUGAAUUUGUAGUCUCAUAUUAGAGGUGGCGAAAGUCACUCUGUAGAAGCACAUAACCCUAGUUUCUCUUACCUAUCACUAUCUGGUAAAGGUGUUUAGUGGCUUAAUGAGAACACCGCUAUCUCUUAAAGGUGGUUAAAAAUGCUGUCACACUACAACAUGUCCGGUUAGAAACACAAGAGGUUGCCAUUGAAGUUCGGAACGCUUUAUUUAUCACUGCCACCAUUAGCACACACUUUCAGUUGACGUUGGGAUGUGGUUGGCUUCUAUGAACGCAGACAACUUCGAGAGAGUUCAACAGGGGAGGUUUUAGGCUCUAUAAUCCUCUCUGGCGCACUGAGUCCGAUACUUUCUCUUGGAGCACAGUAACUAAUUGUGCUGCAUAGAAUAGCGGCAGCUGUGUAAUCCUAUUGGCUGCUGGCUGAGGUAGAGAGGUAGACAGUGUGGAGAGAGAGAUAGCCUGACCUGGGCGGCAAAACAGCCCAAGGCACAAAAUGCCCCAAAAUAUAUAUACAAAAAAAUACUGCAAAGCAGCAGAUGCUAUGGACUACAUCAGAAUGUAAAUGCUCACAACCUUGUAUCUCUGUCCUCUCUGAUAAUUUCUUCCAUGCUUAAGAUUUUUUACUUGAGCUGUAAGAUUGAAAAAUAUAGUUACAUAACUCCGGGAAUUCAGAAGUACACAAAAUUUACUUUCUCACUAUUUGUCUCUACAGUAAAAUUGUUGCUGUCAUAAUUUCCGCCAAUCAUCAAUGCCAGAAUCCCACUGGACAUGCACUGUAAAGGUCAGUGUAUGUGGGAUCAAAGUUCAAUUUAUUUGAAUAGUUUACCUUUAGAAAAUCAGUGUACUGUUGUAUGAGGCCCACUUUUAGUGAGAAAGCUCAAUCUAAGAUAACCCUGAUGACAUCAUCAGGGUUGUUUUCUCAGUCUUGACAAAGUUCCUCCAGAUCCACAGAGGACAUUAUGUAACUUAUUACACAGGCCAAGUUGUACUCCUCAUGAUGAGUAAACUCUCUCCAUGUGUAAAAUCAGUGGGGUGCACCUUUAAGUGCACUGUAGGAUUUAAUAAUCACUUAUUCUGUUAAAAAAAAAAAAAAA